AUGAGGGAUACAAAGACUAGAGAGAAGGGAUCUCGUCGUACUGUAUUCUUAGCAACGUUUAUUCCAAUCACAAUUGUGGUAAUUUUUCUCGUUUUAUGGAGACCGAUGUUGCUUCCAUAUUUCUUCCGAUACACGAAGUUGACAAUUUCUGAAUAUGUCAAUGACAAACAGAGGUUUUUGGACAACGAACUAGAGGCUGCACUCAAAGAAUGGAGAAUGUAUCAACUGGAACGGCAAUUUGGACAAGAAUGGUGCAAAAGGAACGUUAAACCAAGAAGCGACGUAACAUGGCUAACUGCGAUGGUUAAUGACGAUUUCGCCAUUCCUGCAUUGGUUUUAGGUCACUCCAUUCGCACUUUUUCCUGUCAACAAAACAUGAUAGCGUUUGUUUCAAACAAGGUGAGUGCAGGUGCACGAAAAGCCCUCGAGAGAGUUGGCUGGGACACUCGUUUGGUGGAAGGAAUGGACUGUGACUGGCUUGAUGCAAGAUUGGGCAGUAAGCAAGAUACUGGAUUUUUUGCCAGACCAGGAGGAAACAGAAUCAAGGGAACACAUACUCGCUUCCACGCUUGGAAUUACACUGAAUUUUCUAAAAUUAUUUAUGUAGAUGCUGAUUAUAUGCUGACAACAAACAUAGACAAAUUGUUUGAUAUCCCAGAUGACUUUGCUGCUGCUCCUGGCUCAAGACCAGGGGUUCUGGAUCCAUGUUUCAAUGCAGGGCUUCUUGUGUUUAGACCAGACACCAAAUUUUAUCAGGAAAUCAUGGACUUGUGGUGGGAAACAACAAAAAAAGACACUUGUCCAAACGAUCAGGUGUUGUUAUGGCAUUACUAUGCUGAUGCUGGUAACUGGAAAGCUCUCCCUUAUGCCUUCAACAUCAGACGCAUAAUUUACAGGCCCCUUAAUUCAUUCCAUUUUGCUUGCUGUGUUCCUCCCAAACCAUGGUCUGCAAAGUGUAGACCAAGUAGAAAAGAAGCAGAAGCAUACAAUGGGCCGAUUUUGGUCCCUGAUGACAUGUCAUUAGUGUUCUGGAAGAAUCUUUACGAAUUGUUGAAGACAAACAAUUUAGAUGAGUGGUGGAGAACAACAAAGUUCUUCCGAGCAUCUGAAGAAUUUAGUGCUGUGACUUUCUCUGACUGCCGGAAGCAAGAGUCAUAA